AUGCUUUUCGCCUCGUUUUCCCGGCGCGCCGGGCUCAUGCGGCCCUCAUUGCGUCGAAAUUGCCCACCACGUCGCACGAUCAUCCCCGCCCCGGGCCCCAACACAGGACCGCUGAUGGAGCGACGCGCGGACCGAGAACUGCCAUCCGUCAAUCAAGGACGGCGCUGGACACGCACUCUCCCGAUCUUCGUGGUGGCCGUUGGGGCGGCGAUGUUGGGAAUCUUCAAUUACCAGAAGUCGUCGUCAAGCGUGGUCAACAGCACGCUGUACGCACUGCGGACAUCUCCGCAGGCUCGGGAGCUCCUUGGUGAUGAAAUCUACUUUGCGCAGCAAAUCCCCUGGAUCAGCGGCGAGAUUAAUCAGCUUCACGGCCGGAUCAAUAUCUCGUUUUGGGUCAAGGGCACCAAGAGCCAGGGCAAAAUGCGGUUCCGAAGUAUUCGGCCGGACCGAAUGAGCUUUUUCCACACCGAGGAAUGGAGCUUGGAGACGGAGGAUGGAAAGGUGGUGCAGCUGCUCAGUGAUAACGAUCCUUUCCGACAGUGA